CCUCUUUGCAAACAGCUGUUGCAACAGCGAAGAGAGAAGAAGGAAAGAAAAGCCACAGCAGCAGCAGCAGCAACCGGUGUCUACAACAACAACUCUCUCUUGAGCAAAGCUGGAGAAUGAACAUGUAUCUCUUCAUCUAUUAUUUAAUCCAGUUCUGUGGGCAUUCCUGGAUAUUUACAAAUAUGAUCAUCAGGUUCCUGUCAUUUGGGAAAGAUUCUUUGGCCGAUACAUUCUAUUCCAUAGGACUUGUUAUGCGCCUGUGCCAAUCGCUGUCUGCAUUAGAACUCCUGCACAUUCUAGUUGGUAUUGAAGAAAACCAUUUUUUCCCAAGGUUUUUACAGAUAAUGGAGAGAAUCGUAAUUUUAUUUGUUGUGAUCACCAGUCAGGAAGAAGUUCAAGGGAAAUAUAUUGUGUGUGCGUUAUUUUUCCUUUGGACCAUAUUAGAUGUGGUCAGAUACACAUACAGCAUGUUAUCAAUAACAGGAAUAUACUACCCGCCUUUGACAUGGCUCAACUAUACUCUAUGGAUUCCUUUAUAUCCCUUGUCCAUUGUGGCUAAAGCAUUUGCCAUCUGCGUAUCACUGCCUUACUUUGAAUCUUUUGGCACGUACUCCACCAAGCUACCAUUUCCCUUCACCUUUUCGAUCUACUUCCCCUACGUACUAAAAAUGUACCUGGUAAUGCUGUUUAUAGGUACAUACUUUAUCAUCAAGUACCUGUACUCAGAAAGGAAAGCUCAUUUAAGAGAAAGCAGCAUCAAAAAGAAAAGGAGCUAAGCCAAUGUGGUAGCUGGUAAUAAUAAAUUAUAAAAAACUCAACACUCUAGAAUGGGCAUUUGCUUACAUAUCAUGUGUAAAUAAUCUAGACCAAGGUUUUAAAAAGCAGCUAACAACUUUAUCCAACUUGAAAUACCAUUAAUUAUGCCACUUAGGUUGCUUAGAUCUUUCUGAAAAGAAGGUCCUUUGAAGACAGCUCAAAAUGGAAGCGCUACCCUCUGAAUAGGAUUUUUUUGUUUUGUUUUGUUUUGUUUUUUUUAAGAGUAGUCAUUCAGGCCCAGACUCUUUUCAAAUACAAAACAAUAGGUUACAUGCACAAACAUCACCCAACACAAACUUCUCUUUCAUGCUAAUAUUUGGUUCCUGUAUUAGCAACAGCACAUAUUCUGUACUGUUAAAAAGUAGUGACAAUGGUAUGUUGUUUGUACAGGUUUCCCUGGCCAGCCACGGGGGUUAGGUUCCUGAAAGUUCCCGUGGUUGUGGGGGAGGGAGUGAGAGGCAUGAGCAGGAGGACUGUGGGGGGGUUUUCAGACUGUACCUCCCCCUUCUCUGAAGCUUAGAUACUCAAAACUGUGGUUGGUGAGGGAAACCUGUACUUUUAUUUCAUGUUAGACAGCCCAUGCGGGGGUGGGGCAUGAGGAAUGUAUUUUCUUACUGCACAGAAAUAACUCUGGGCUUACCCAUCCCAUUUACCACCUCCACUGAACUAGGAAUAAAUGACAGAAAAAAGUGAGUGUGUGGAUUAAAGAGUGAAUUGAACAGUUACUGUUGUGAAAAUUCUCUUCCCUACCUAAGCUCCUAAAAUUUACAACUUUGGUAUGUAUUUGUCUUCAGACAAAAUUUUAGUUCUGAGCUUAGUAGCUCUAUGGCAACUGCAAUGUCAAAUAUGUUUUCAUUUUUCAUUUCAUUCACGUUUGAUGUUUCAUCAAGGAAAAGCUGUUUCUGGUGAAGUAUUAAGGAAGAUUAAAUAGCAAAUAUUCAGUGUUAUUAUAUGCAGCUGUGAAACAGCAUUGUUAAAUUGAUGCAGUAUUUUGAAAAAUGAGUGGAAGGGAUUUAGAAAUUCAAGCACAUUUUGAAAACACUCACUAGGGAGUCAGGCCGAACAUACAACUGAGGCUCACACGGUGCUGCUAACAGUUUGGCAAAAGAGGUAUAACAAAGAAGCUGGUUGGGGUUCCAGCCUGAGAAAAGGGAGCAAAAAAGAAAAACUACUUGUGAACAAAACCACCAUUAAUUGUUCUAAUCUGAGAUGCAUUUUUUUUUUUUUAUUGUUGGUAAUUUUGUAAUGUUUGUCAGUCACAAAACUGUUUACAAUUAAGACACUGGCUGGGGAAGUGAAAGAGUCAACAUUAGGAUAAGUUUAUUAUUCAGCAAAGCCAAGUUAAAAAAAACUUAAGAGUACUAUCCCUCCCCACAUACUGGCUGUUAUACUGUGUUAAAAGCCUGGAGUAUUUAAAGGGGCUCUAUAAUACCCAUAUUAAGCCAGGGAAGGAGUGCUUUACUUCAUUCACUUCAGAAAACAGUCACACCACACUGUUACAGACCUUUCCUGCAACAUCUUUUGGAUGAAGCACAUAGCACUGCAGAUUCUGGAAGGAGGUGGCAGCAGUUGCAGUGUUUGGCAUGAAGGUAGUUCAGGGGAAGCUGUAAAUCUCAGCAUGUGAUGUGGUUACAGGAUCUUAUUAACAUUUAUUCAUAAGGAAAUCAUUUAACUACUGCAUUUUUCUGACAUGUUUUUUAAAUGUGUGUAUAGAUAGCACAUCUACUGUGAUAUGCAUACAUGGAUAUAUAUGUGUGCGCACGUGUAUACUGUGUAGAAAAGAAAUUUAAAAAAAGAUGAAAAUAAACAACCCUAACUUGU